AUUUAAUUAUUUAUUUUUUGAAAAUCAGAGCUACAGCAAGAAAGAGGAAGAGACAGAGGGAUCUUCAGAAUGCUAGUUUACUCCUCAGAUGGCCACAACAGCAAGCUGUGGGCCAGUGAUCCUUUUUGAGCUAAUUUUUAUAUUUGGUGUAAGGAAUCCUGAAACCAUGGAUCAAUUACAUAUUCUUUGAGACAUGCUUUAGAUGUUUUUUCUGGAAGCACUGCUACUACCCUAAAAAAUUGAAUGUAUUAUAAAACAGAUCCAUGGUGAAGCGACUUCCAGUCAUUUGGAAAGGAUGGGAUGAAAAGGAACCUUGGUGAUAAUUUUGAUGUCUGCAAGAUUUAGUACCAGUGUAAUGGGAUUAUCGGUAACACCUUCACUGCAGAAAAAGCCACCUGGUGCUAUAACUGGCAGCAACUGAGAACUAAUCCUUUCCCAUCUCUUGGAUGUCAUUCAUGAAGCUCAAAGCGAUUUCUACCCUGCUAACUGUGAUUAAUUUUAUAAACAACAACAAAAAAUCAGGCUGAUGGUGACAGAGUCUACAUGGAACUAUGCUUCGAGGUGUGCUGGGAAAAACCUUUCGACUUGCUGGCUAUACAAUUCAGUAUGGCUGUAUAAUUUAUUGUACUUUUGAAUAUGUUGGUGGUGUUUUUAUGUGUUUUGGACCAUCAAUGGAACCUACAAUUCAAAAUUCAGAUAUUGUCUUUGCAGAAAAUCUUAGUCGACAUUUUUAUGGUAUCCACAGAGGUGACAUUGUGAUUGUAAAAAGCCCAAGUGACCCAAGCUCAAAUAUUUGUAAAAGAGUGAUUGGUUUGGAAGGAGACAAAAUCCUCACUACUAGUCCAUCAGAUUUCUUUAAAAGCCAUAGUUACGUGCCAACAGGUCAUGUUUGGUUAGAAGGUGAUAAUCUACAGAGAUCUACAGAUUCCAGGUACUAUGGACCUAUUCCAUAUGGACUAAUAAGAGGACGAAUCUUAUUUAAGAUUUGGCCUCUGAGUGAUUUUGGAUUUCUACGUGACAGCCCUAAUGGCCACAGAUUUUCUGAUGAUUAGAAAGCAUUUAUUCUUUGACUUUAUAUUGUACCCUCUUCAAGUGAAUUUGUUAUUGCCAUUGAAACCAUAUACUUACCAAUAAACCAUUUACUAUUCAGUUUUAUUUAU